AUGAUCUCUUCGUACGGUGGCGGCGGCAAGAGAACAGAGGGUACGUUUAGUCUAAUUUAUAUUGGUUUACCUUGCUACUCUUCAGCGUUGCGACGCAUGAGCUCGGCUUCAUCGCUGAAACCGUCGGCCCGGGAUUUCUUUCACAACAAUCACGUCAGGUAAUGUUUUUACUAAAAGAAGAAAGUUUUUUGUCACUUGUUGCGUAGGAACGAUAGAAAUAACCUCACCCGUUUCUCUUUCGUUUGCUAUACCCGGUAAAUUAGCGGCCAAUUGGGGGCGAAGAAAAGGUGUGUUAAAGGAUUUACAUCCGGGGCAAUCCUCUCGUGGCGACAAUAAUCCCUUCCCAAGGCGAUGACUUUAUGGGGCCCUUCCCCAACUCUGGUCUGUUCGCCGUAGAGACAGCCUGACUUAAGUUAUUCCAUACCUGAAAUCUGACAUCAUCGGGAGUCGCUCCGACUGUAAACAGAAAUGAAUACUGCCGUCUUGCAAGGCAGUAUCAUGGCCACAACCCAUGGUAUCCAUCGGUUGAACAGGCACAAGCCGCAGAAAGGCCUUAUCCCUUCCACCGAACGCCUCGGCACUUUUCUGUAGGGCAUAAAACUUCGUUAAUCUAAAGCCAUGAACCCUUUUUAGAACUCAUCAUAACAAUGCAGCUCAUGAAGAGAACACUGAGUACAAAAAUCUUCUGCCUUUCACUUCCAUCGAGUACAUUCCUCAUGCUGACGAAACUCCAAGAAAGGUAUCACUUUAAAGUUUAAACAUAAAUUAUUUUUAUAUAUUGCGCAAUUCACGAUUAAAUUUCAGGCCGUAGUAGUUGCAGGCCCCGACCAUGACGAUAAGUUCCUUCGGAUUAACAUUGGAGGGGCGUCCUUCACUUUCCUCACCUCUACUUUGUUGAUCAAAAACACUGGCCUUCUCAGUUCUUUCGCCAUGCAAUCGCAAGACCAAAGACUUCUCAUUGCCGACGCCUUCUUCUCCAAUACUCGAGAGUACUAUUUCGAACGACCUCCAGCCCUCUUUCAUGUUAUAUAUCAGUUCUACACGACAGGAAAGAUCCAUCAAUCUCCUCAUAUCUGUCCUCAGGAUUUGUUAGAUGAAUUUAAAUUUUGGAAAUUAGAACCAGCCAACUUAUUGGAUACCUGCGCUUGCCUCAGCGAUGACCUCAGUGACGAUGACAGUGGAUCUGAAGAAGACAAGAGUAUCGAGAAUGGGGUCAGUGAAUUCAAACACUUAAGGUUCGGUGGCCUAAGGGAAGAGAUUUGGAAUAUCAUUGAAGAACCCAACAGGUAACCAAAGGUGUAUUUGACAGUUUGUGUGUGUUUUUUCAGUUCGAUGUAUGCUCAGAUUUUUACCUUCUUGUCUGUUCUGUUUGUACUAAUAUCAAUCGGCGGUCUUGUUUUGGGAUCCUUACCAGAUCUGCAAGUUGAGGUCCCGGUGUCCCAAAAAAACCGCACAACUCCAGGUACAAUUUAUCAUCUCUUUCACAACUAGCAUCUAGGACCGGAUAGAAGCGUUGAAAUGGAACCUCACCCGAUCCUGGUCCAGCUGGAGUACGUUUGCAUCGUCUGGUUUCUCUUCGAGUACGUAACCAAGAUGUUGGUCUCAGCUGACCGAUGGAAGACGUUCUGCCAGUUGUUAAACAUUAUAGACUUGUUUGCAAUACUUCCUUUUAUGGCUGACAUGGUUCUUUUCUUCGUUGGAAUCGAUACUGAACAGCUUCGGGAUUUGAAAGUAAGAUUUGUCUUUCUCCGGAGAUGACUGUUUGCCAUAGGGGGCCUUGCUGGUCAUCAGAAUCCUCCGCGUUCUCCGAGUCAUCAGAGUCCUUAAGCUAGGGCGAUAUAGUAGUGGGCUUCAAAUGUUCGGAAAGACUCUGCAGGUAAUCAGUAAUCCGAAUGCUCAAGAAUAUUGUUUAGGCCAGUUUUCGACAACUUGGAAUGAUGGCGAUGGUGGUGAUGACUGGAGUCAUCUUCUUCAGCACUCUUGUUUACUUUCUCGAAAAGGAUGAGCCCGAGUCCCAAUUUAUUUCGAUUCCGGCAGCUUGUUGGUUUAGCAUUGUAACGAUGACAACUGUAGGGUACGGAGAUUUGACUCCGGUCACUGUCGGUAGGUCUAAGAUAUCUCUCAUCCAAAUUAAAUCAGGUGGGAAAUUAGUCGCUACAGGAGCCAUUGCAUGCGGUGUGUUGGUAAGUCCAAGUAUAUUGGCACGUUUACUUUUAUGUCAUUUCAGGUGCUAGCCUUGCCGAUUACAAUCAUUGUAAGUAUUUAUUUGCAAUAUAUUCCACAAAUUUUCUUUUAGGCCCAGGUUGCAUUUACUUUGAAAAGGCGGAGAGUAAGCUAAACUGCUUGGCUUCGCUUUUAAAAAAUUUCAGUUGAGCUAAAAAAGAGACUAGACUUAAUGAAAUAUCACUUUCUUUUAUAGGUAGACAACUUCAUGAAGGUGGCAGAGUCCGAAAGGAAACCCGGCUUUGCCGAAAACAAACGUGUGAAAAGACUGGGUCCACGAGGACGCGUCACUCUGUAAGUAUCCCCAAAUACACAUUUAAACAUAGGUAUAUAUUAACAGUGGUGUUUUAUAUUUUUCCAAAAAGUUGCCAAAAUAUAAAUCAUUUUCAGCCUACGUUUUAUUUAGUAACCUACUUCAAAGCAGGCUCCGCCUAGUUGUACUAGUCUUUUUCGGAAAUCUGCCGAAAUUUCCCGGCAGCAUUUUUCGCCCAUAUGCAAGCUAGAAGACACCCAGUGCGCAGGUCAGAGCCAGUGGCACUUCUAAGGUGUCGGCUGGCAGAAAAUAUGGCCCCCAAACUUUGUGAAAAAGAUUUGAGCGGCGACGCAAGAUCAGCAAAUUUUUACACAUUCUGAAUCAGGAAAAUUUUGCGAUUUUUUUUUUGAUAUAAGGAUGGUGACAUACAAAACAAAUCUGGUUUCGUGGCCAGAAAUACUUAUAUAUCUCGACCUGCAACUCCAUAGCCCAUAGAAGUACUUCCCUUGUCAAAAAAAGUAAAAAUUUUUUUGCCAACUUUCAUUUCAUUGGUUACGCCACGGGCUGAGUUAUGAUUAAAACACGAUUUUUCUAAAAGUCAAGCGCAGGUAAACAACCCUGGCUACACGAAAAAUCAAACUGCUUUAUUUUGCUUUAAACUUGGAAGACUGUAGCUACGUACCACUCUAAGAAACUUUCCCGUUAACUUUUUUUCGAAAUCUUACUGUAAUUUGGGUUACGGUAACAUGACUCGUUUUGUCAUAACUCGAGAACCAGACGUCGUAGCGAGACGGGGUCUUUACCAGUAUGUUCAGCGUGCCGAAAGACGGCUUUUUGUAAGCUACACCAAGUUUCGAAGACGCCGGGGACCAAUUUCCUCUACCCUUCGCUUCCUACCCUUCGCUGAAAAUGAAAAUUUGAAUAGAAUUUUUUCUCAUUUUGGGGGGAUUUUCAUUCUGGGGUGAGGUCGGUUGACCGCUCUCUCAGAGCUCGGAAACUUUUCCGAACAUGAGAAAUACAAGUCGAAAUACAUGGAAUCUUAACUUAGAAGUUCACUUAAAGUUAUAAAAACAAGCUCCUAGGGCUUCGCUGACGUUUUCAAUAAACGAAGUACAAUAUUUGUCAAACAAGAGGGUACCGCAGUUCUUUUUGAGUGGAUUUUUUUAUACAAAUUGAGAUUACAUUUUCAUUAUCGUGGCCAGUUAGACCCAGGUGCAUUGUAAACUCGUUUAAUCUGGAAAAAUAUACGCUUGAACUGUAAAGCUUGUUUUUAGGAUUUACUUUUGCUUGUUAUGCUAUUUAUGACCUGCAAGAUUUAGGAAACGACAUGUAAAUAUUUUUUGAAUGCUUGAAGUCCGUUUUCCUGCAACUAGUAGUAAUUCAUUUUCAUCAAAUUGCAAGAGUUACAAAACAAAGAGGCCAUAACAAGCAUAAUAAACAUGAUAAACCUGAAAAAAAUGUGAGGUACUGGCAGGCCAUGAGGUAUUAAUCGAGAAGUAAAAAAAAAAUUCUGAAGCAGCGUGGAUCGAACCUUGAAAGGCCUAAACGGUCCAUUUGACGGUCAAGUUUUAUUUAGUUUAGAUUAAAUUUCAGAUCUGUUUCGUAUUUUAUUCAAAACUUGAAGCUUUCAAGCUAUAGCUGACCCUUGUUGAUGUGCACCGCUCUUCGCAAUGCGUUUUUACCAAAAAUUUGGGUUUUCGAGAGCUCUGAGAGAGCGGCCAACCAACCUCACCCCAUAAUGAAAAUUCCCCCAAAAUGAACAAAAAUUCUAUUCAAAUUUUCAUUUUCAGCGAAGGGUAGGAAGCGAAGGGUAGAGGAAAUUGGUCCCGGGAAGUGUCCGAAAAAUUUGAAUAUUUAUGCAAAAAUUCAAAAAUAUGCAAAUUUCUCGAAAAUUUGACCCAAAUUAUGCUCAUUUUUAUUUAAUAUAUCGAAAAUAGAAGUCAUAGCGGUUCCAACGGUGUAAAAAACUUGAACGUGCGAACCGAGCUGUCUGAGAACGGGCUGUUUGAAGUUGGGGCACCCAGUCACAAAUGAGCAAAAAAUCGGAGUAAACCGUAUAAAACCAUUGUUAAAUGGCAAGAAUGGAAAGUAAAUUUUGUUGUUACAUCGUAUCGGUCACAAUAGAGGAUUUUCCACAUAAUUUUCAUAAAUUUGCAUAUUUUGGAAUUUCUUGCAUUUAUUGUCAAAAUGUUGUAAAAAUAUACCUUAAUGAAGGAUUUGGAAAAAAAUAUUGUUCGCUUUUGCUUAGUACCUUCCAACAGUCAUUUUAAUGUAAAAAACUCAAAAUCGAUUUUUUCCCAUGUCCACGCCUACCUGGCGGCUGAUGCACCCGUAAAUGCAAGAAAUUCCAAAAUAUGUAAAUUUAUGAAAAUUAUGUGGAAAAUCUUCUAUUGUGACCGAUACGAUGUAAUAACAAAAUUUACUUUCCGUUCUUGCCAUUUAACAAUGAUUUUAUACGGUUUACUCCGAUUUUUUGCUCAUUCAUGACUGGAUGCCCCAACUUCAAACAGCCCGUUCUCAGACAGCUCGGUUCGCACGUUCGAGUUUUUUAUACCGUUGGAACCGCUAUGACUUCUAUUUUCGAUAUAUUAAAUAAAAAUGAGCAUAAUUUGGGUCAAAUUUUCGAGAAAUUUGCAUAUUUUUGAAUUUUUGCAUAAAUAUUCAAAUUUUUCGGACACUUCCCGGCGUCUUCGAAACUUGGUGUAGCUUACAAAAAGCCGUCUUUCGGCACGCUGAACAUACUGGUAAAGACCCCGUCUCGCUACGACAUCUGGUUCUCGAGUUAUGACAAAACGAGUCGUGUUACAGUAACCCAAUGUACAGUAAGAUUUCGAAAAAAAGUUAACGGGAAAGUUUCUUAGAAUGGUAUGUAGCUACAGUUUUCCAAGUUUAAAGAAAAAUGAAGCAGUUUGAUUUUUCGUGUAGCCAGGGCUCUCCAAGCUUAGAAAAAACGUGUUUUAAAACAAUGACUGUCACAGUGCGUUUUUUGGUUCAUGCAAAUUGCACUUUUGGGUUGCAGAAGUUUAAAAAAUGAAUUUUUCAUUCAGUGAAGUUUACACUGCGGGGUUCCUUACAAUAUUUAUAUUUUCUGAAAACCGGCUUUUACUCUACUGCCAUGCCAAAUUGUAAUUAUUAAUUUUAGCCUUCUAGCGCAAACCGCUAGCGAGGUAUGGAGAGAAAAAGCGAGCGAUUCUGGAAAAAAAUUUUAAAACUCGCGGAGAUCGGUUGUGUCCCAAAAGUACAGAAUGCCGUGUUGCGUCACCGCGAUAUUAUUCUCAAAUAAUUCAGUGGCGGGAAAAAUAGGGAAGGGGGACCAAGAUAAUCUUCGCGGCACGAAUUUUUUUUAGAAUUUUUUGCCCAAAAAAUAAACCCUGAAAUAAUUUCCCAUUCUUUCAGACCAGAAAGUCCAAAAAUUGACCAAGCUCAAAGAACGCCAACAUUGAAACUACUAGCCACAAAAAAAGAAGACGAGCAAAUAGAAUAA